CCUACUUAUCGAGAACAGGUGAAAAUAAACACGAGUAUGUUUUCAGCGUAUCAGGCAUGAAGGUGCAUUUUUGUGAAGAAAAUUAUUUUCAUUGAUAAAAAUCAACGAUUCUGUUUACUGAGAUAGAAACAAAAAUGAGCUUUGCCAAUCCUCCAGCAAAUCCGGUUUCUACAACACGUGUCAUUCUAGAGUACGUUUUCACAAAUCAAACCAAUUUCCAGUUUUUGUCCAAAUUCAAAGUCGUAAAUUUUGAGCCAAAGAGUGCAGAAGAUUGCCCAUUAAAUGACACAUACAGCUGGAAUGAUGCAUAUAGAAAAGAACUUACUCUAAUGAUCAUGAAACCGGUAGCCAUGUUUGAAAAUCCCUUUCUUAGUAGUCCCCAUAAGUUAGUUCUGUGUGACUUGUGGCUGACAAUGGACAAACAAGCUGAUAUUAACACAAGGGUCAUAUUAAAUGAAACAUUAAACAGACUACAAUAUGAUCCGACAACUGGACAUGGUCCAAACAAGCCUCACGAGCCGUGGUUUGGAUUCGAACAAGAGUACUACGUGGUGAAUGAUGAGGGCAUUCCUGUCAGCUACGACCCGAUAAAAUUUGACUAUUCUACACUAUUUCCGUUUUACACCGUCGGACAUGAACACGAUAAGAACACGGGGGUGGAGAGAGAUUUGUCCGUGAAACACCUACAAGCCUGUAUCUACGCAGGAGUUACCGUUCAUGGUUCUGUACGAGAGAAUGGUCCAUCCCAGUGGGAAUACCAAGUAGGACCGUGUGAAGGCAUAACGGCAGGAGACCACCUGCAGAUGUCACGUUACAUAUUAUUAAGACUUGCAGAACAAUGUGGACUGAGGGUCACACUAAAUGCAGUCCCUGUAAAAAGGGGGAUCGACUACUCCUCAGGGCAUUUGAAUUUCAGUGUCAUGAAAAUGAGGGAAAAAGAAGGAAUAAGAUUUAUCCAUCAUGCAAUCGAUGUACUGUCCAAAUCUGACCAAAAGCCUCUAUUAAAAAUCUACGACCAAACUAUUGAUGAAGCUAACACAGUCAGACUGUCAAACAACAAGAUAGAAGGACACCCCAUCAUUGACGACUUUGUAUUUGACGGGGCACAUAAAAGGGUUUCAACAGUCAGGAUCCCCCCUCUUGUGGCCUGGGAGCGGCGGGGGUACAUGGAGGACCGCAGACCCCCCUCCUCUGUGGACCCCUAUGCCGCGGCAGCUGGUUUGAUCCGCGCCUGUAUAUUUGGGGAUUUCUUAAAGCCUGGGAACGAGUCAUUGAAAGAUUUGUCUAUCUGGGAUAAGGAGGCACAUGAGUUAAAGGAAUUUCCUGACCCCUCAUGAACAAUGCUGCUUGUUUUACAUAUACCUAAAACAUAUCAUAAAUAUAUGCAGAAUAAUAUUACACUUCUGGAACUUUACUUUUUUUAGUUAAUCGGAUAGAUUCAAAAUCACAUCAUUUUGUAUUUAAUGACACCCAGUAAAUUUAAAAUUUUUGCAUGAUGCUUUAAAUAAAACUUGUCUUGUUUUCUU